AUGAUACAACACCCAGAAAAGAGUUACAUUGACCCACUUGAGAUAGGUUUAAAAGAACAACCAGCACAUUAUUUACAUGUGGAAAAGGAAUCGGAUGGAAAUCCAUGGUAUAUCGAUGUGAAAAGGUACUUAGAAGCUGGCGAAUACCCUGAAAAAGCAACAAGCAGCCAAAAGAAAACAAUUCGAAGAAUGACAAACAACUUCUUUUUGAAUGGGGAGAUUCUUUAUAGGAGGACUCCUGAUCUGGGAUUACUACGAUGUGUGGAUGCUGUAGAAGCCACAAAAUUGCUCGAAGAAGUGCACGCUGGAAUGUGCGGGACGCAUAUGAAUGGGUUUACAUUAGCAAAGAAAAUCUUAAGGGCAGGAUACUUCAGGAUGACUAUGGAAACGAUUGUGUUCGAUUUGUCCAAAGAUGUCAUAAAUGUUAGGACAUGGAGAUCUGAUCAAACAUGGGGCAUGGAUGUUAUUGGACCAAUUGAUCCUGCGGCCUCCAAUGGUCAUAGGUUUAUUUUGGUCGCCAUUGAUUAUUUCACGAAGUGGGUCGAAGCUGCUUCCUAUAAAGCUGUGACGAAGAAAGUUGUGACUGAUUUUGUUCGCAACAACUUGAUAUGUCGUUUUGGAGUUCCUGAGUCUCUCAUCACGGACAAUGGUGAAAAUCUUAACAGUCAUUUGAUGAAAGAGAUAUGUGAACAAUUCAAAAUUACCCACCGUAAUUCAACUGCAUAUCGUCCUCAAAUGAAUGGAGCUGUGGAAGCUGCCAAUAAGAACAUCAAGAGGAUAUUGAGAAAGAUGAUUACCAACUACAAAUGUUGGCAUGAAAAUUUUCCUUAUGCCUUGCUAGGUUAUCGCACCACAAUUCGAACUUCAACUGGAGCAACUCCGUAUUUGUUAGUAUACGGAACAGAGGCAGUGAUACCGGCUGAAGUUGAGAUACCGUCUUUGAGGAUUAUUCAGGAAGCUGGAUUGAGCGAUGUCGAAUGGGUUCGUGAUCGAUAUGAGCAGUUAACAUUGAUUGAUGAGAAAAAAAUGAGUGUCGUUUGUCAUGGCCAGUUGUAUCAACAGAGAAUGAUUCGUGCUUUCAACAAGAAAGUAAAAGUUCGAACAUUUGAGGUAGGUCAAUUGGUGUUGAAGCGCAUUUUUCCUCAUCAAGAGGAAUAUAAAGGGAAAUUUGCACCUAACUGGCAAGGAUCGUAUGUUGUACACAAAGUACUGUCAAGAGGAGCUUUGGUCCUAGCAGAGAUGGACGGUAGAGUAUGGAGAAAAGCUAUCAAUUAA